CAGACUUUUUCUUCUUACAGGAAAGAGUAAAAUACUAAUUCACUGCUUUCCUUUUUUCAUUUUGAAGCUUUAAAAGAUAAUUAUGCUUCAGAUUAUGUUUUUCUCCACCUUGUUUACUUUCACAUUCUCUGAAUCAGUGAAAAAUGAGUGGACCUGCAACUCCCAAGAGGCAGAAAUAACAUAUUCUUCCUGUGAUGUCAAGAAGCCCAUACCAACAGUAAAUAUCAAUCCCUGUUUAAGUUGGAAGAAGACUAAAGGAAAUUUGUCUUUUUACUAUGUGCCACGGAAAGACAUGAAAGAGCUAUAUUUUAAUGUCCGUAUGGAAUCAAUAUCAACUAUAGCAAUACCAAAGAGAAAAGAAGUUAUAUGCCGUGGGAUUGAUGAUGACUACUCAUUCUGCAGAGUUUUAAAAGGAGGUGGAAAUUUGAUGGAAAAGAUUCUGGAUAUGCUUGGAGAAAUCAUAGAUUUAGAAGAGAAAGAGACCUGAGAAGACAUCCAAUUCAACCUCUUCACUCUGAAGAUGUGGACCCUGAAGCCCAGGGAAGUUAUCAUUUGCCUAAGAUUAAUACAGGUUGUGAAGUCCCAGAGACAGAAUUUGAAACUGGGGCAGACGGGUGGAUAGAGAGCC